GCAAACUAGAGGGAAGGAAAAAAUGGCAGUCCAGGAAUGUCGAGCCUGCUUCUCCGUCGUGGAGCUUCCGACCUUGACAACCGUGCAAAUGGCAGGUCGAGCUGCCAUUGAGCUCGAAGUCUUCGACAUAAUUGCAGAAGAAGGGCCUGACCUCCCUGCCACCAAAAUCGUUUCAUGUAUUCGCCGCAAAUCUAAUCGCAAAGCUGAUCCCGAAGCUGAUCGCGAAGCUGCAAAGAACUUGGAUCGAAUUCUGGCAUUGCUUAGUGCUUAUGGUUUCUUGAUCAGUACUUCUCCGACACGAUCCCGAGGCCGGACUUACAGCCUCCCCAAGAUGUCUCACUAUCCGCCGGGAAACACAAAGGAUACUUCCAUGGUUGCCCAUCUGUUUUCAAUUUUCGGCAGGGGUCCCUCUGAAAUUGAUCGUGUGGAUGUGCUUAAGGAGGCUGUUCUUAAACACAAUAUCCAGAAGCAUUCUUCAAAGACUCCUGGCGAGUUUCAAGACUCCAAUUCAACCCAUAAGGCCAUGGAAGAUUUCACCAAAUUACUAUUGGAUGGAAUGUUUGAUGCGAACAAAGGCUUUAAAGAUGUAAAAGAAUUGAUGGCGGUUGCUGGUGGCAAUAAAACCGUCCGUCAAUGUAAUCUCAUUAAAAUCCAAGGCGUUAAACAUAUUAAGGAUAAGGAGGAUAUGUUCCAAUCAUUACCAAAGGCUGAAACAAUCUUGUUGAAGUCCGUAUUCCCUCACUGGGACGAUGCCAAAUGCAAGGAGUGGUUGAAGAUCUUCUCCAGUGCAUUGGUUGACAACGGGAAGAUAAUAAUUCUGGAGUUUAUCGUUCCUGAAAAGAUUGAAAACACCCCAGAGGCACGAAUGGUAACAUCGUUGGACGUGCGAGGGCUGACUGAUUUUGAGACAAAGGAAAGAACAUUAGAUGAAUAUAAAGCAUUGGCAGAGUCUGCAGGAUUUCUUCUGGACCCAAAAAAGGUCUUCCAUAAGGCACAUGGGUUUCAUGUCAUGGAAUUCAAGAAAUCUGGUUGAAAGAGCAUGAACACUCGAGCACUUUGCCACAGAGAGAAGAAUAAAGGAAUACUCCCUUCCCCUCUAGUUAUUUUCCUUAAUAAUAAUUUAUAUGUAUUAGUGGAACAAUAAUUGAUACACCUUCCGGUUUAAUAGAGUAUACAACACACGCUAGUUCAUUCAUUAAGUAAUUAAUAUUUUUAAAUUUAAAUUCAAAGUAAGAAAAUUUUCAAAAGUAAAUUUUAAUGAUUGAACUAGAGAGUGUUGUUAGGUGUGUUGAAUCAGAAGGUGUACUAAUUAUUUUUCAUUAGCCAAAAGUUCACUACUAGCCUGGAACCCUAUAGGAUAUAAUAAAGGUUCUUCAAUGUACUGAUUUUAUAUCUACAUAUUAUAUAAAAGGAUAAUGAUUAA